AUGAGGAUGUACUAAAUAGUUGCUGCGGCUCAAUUUGUUACUCUUGACAACAAGGACGCCAUCAACAGGUGCGAUAAGAUGCCUCCAAAAAAGAAAGGAAAGGGAAAGAAAGGAAAAAAGGGCAAAAAGGGGAAGAAAGGAGGGAAGGGAGGAGAGGACGGUGGUGCAGAUGGGGAGAUGGGAGCUUCAGAACCAUCUCAGAAGGAAACACUUCUCCAACAAGAAUUGGAAAAAGUGACAAAAGAGCUUGAAAACGCGAAAUCAAAUGUUGAAGAUUUACGAAAAGAAAAUGAAUGGCUGCAGCAAGAAGCCCAGAAAGUUCGAGUGGAGAGUCAUGAAUACAUGAGCUAUAUGGAAAAGAAGACAACAAAACGACAGACCACGAUUAUAACUCUGAGUGACCAUAACAAACAGGAGAUCAGAAACAUCCAGCUACAGAGAGAAAUCAUGGAUGAAGAAUACAACGAUAAAGAAAAAAAAUUGAAAGAUUUGCUAUUGGAGAAACAAAAUUUAUUAACAAAGACAACACAAGAACUAAGCGAACUUGGAUCAUAUAAGAAUUUACAAACUGAGCAAUUAAACAAGAUACAAGACCUUGAGAAAGAGGUGAUGAAAUUACGCUCCAAACAUUCAGAAACAAUUCAGCAACUGAAGGCACAGUUCCUGCAUGACAAGAGAGAAUAUCAACACGAUUCCGAGAGUAAAAUAUCUACAUUACAGAAAAAAGCUAAUAAGGAAGCAAUAACGUGCCUUACAGACCACACAAAUAAAAUAAAGCUAGAAAACAGACAGUUAAGAAAAGAGCUUUUAGAGCUUAUUAGAAAAACUCGAGCUCUUCAGGAACAUAAACUUGAGCUUGAGGAUCAGAGAAGACAGUUGAUUCGAGAGCAACAGUAUUCUGGAGAUUUGAAGAAACUGCGGACAACAAGACAACAUAAAGUGUUUAAAUCUUUUGGACUCCUGGGAGAACGCGAGGAGGAACAAGAUGCUAUAGAGGAUGGUAGAUCAACUGCAAGUUCUCAAAAUUAAACUUCCAUUUCAUUUUUUCUGAAGCAUGUUUUUAUAAGAACCUACAUGAAAUAAUGUUUCCAAUGUAGGAUUUCAUUGCACCAUAAAUCAUAUUUCUAAAUGUUGUGCUCAAGUUUUUCAAUUAAUUUUUUUUCUUUUGCAUAAUUUUGAAAACAUCUGAAAUUGCUGCCUUUGAUACAGAAAAAUGCUCAAAGUUUUUACUCAUAUUUUUUGAAUCCAAAGUUUGUCUUAUAUCCUUAUGAUAAUCAGGGAUAACCAACACUGGUAUUUCCUCCCUUCCAUAGGUCAGAACAAUUGUGUAUUCUAAAUUUACCCUUUAAUGAUGGCAGUUUUGUUUAUACAAUUGUUGAAUAUAUUAAAACGGAGUUUAACAUGAAAGCUGCAUUUACAUUAUCAUCAAUUCAUUAUGACAUUUGGUAUUGUUUGUAUGAUUGCAAUGUUUGGUAAUAAAAGAUAUUGUUAUUUA